AUGGAAAAUAAUACUCAAGAAAACUUCUCUUUCAAUCUGUCAAUAGAAAUGGCGAAAGCACCAAAAGUAGAGAAGAAAACCGAAAAAGCUCCUGCUGGAGAAAAAACAGCAGUGGUAAAAAACAGGAGAGUUAAAAAGAGGCAUGGAAGGUUAUAUGCUAAAGCUAUUUUCACUGGAUACAAACGUGGUUUGAGGAAUCAACAUGAGAACACUGCUCUCCUCAAAGUAGAAGGAACUUCAGCUAAGCAAGACAGUUGGUUUUAUGUAGGCAAAAAAUGUGUAUAUGUCUAUAAAGCCAAAAACAAGACCUGUGUUCCCGGAAAGCCAAAAUCUGUGAAAUCUAAGGUCAGGGCAAUAUGGGGUAAAGUAACCAGGCCUCAUGGUACAAGUGGAGCAGUAAGGGCUAAGUUCAAUAGAAACCUACCUGCAAAAGCUAUGGGACAUCGUAUUAGAAUUAUGCUGUAUCCAUCAUCCAUUUAAAUGUUAAGAUCCAAUAAUAAAAGUUUGAAAAGUUAAA